AUGAAUCAAAAUAUUUUAGAAAAUCAAAUAAAUGAUCAUAUAAAUGAUGAAUUCUUUGAUAAUAUACCUGAAUUAGAAGAAGAUUUUACUUUUCUAUAUGAUAAUAAUGCAAUAAAUGAAGCAUUUACUUUUGUAUUAAACACUACAUUAUUAAAACUUAUAAGUAAAUGGAUAUCUAUAGUUGCUAAAUCUGAUGAUAUUCAAAUGCAAGAAAAAGGUUUAAAAUCAAUUAUAUCAGCUUUACAAACUUUUGAUUGUUUUGAUUUUAAUGAAGAUAAUAAUAAGAAUAGUUAA